AGCUGCGGAAACGGAUGGCCGGGAUUGCCUCCACGUCCCAGAUCACAACAAAGACCACUACUAAGGAUGGCACAGGACAGAAUUUGCCACGACCCAGGAUUCAAGUGCAGGAACCCGAAUCCGAAUGUAACCAUCGGAACGUCCACACAGCUGUGCACGAGGAUCGCGUGGACGAGGAACGGCAGCCUCGGCGCGGUGGUGGCGAGGUGGCGGGUUUGGAGGACGUCGACGACUCCUGUACCGCGACGGUGACGUCGUCGGUACCCGGAGCCGGUGGCAUCCGUUCACAUCGACGCACUAGACCGCUCUCCCUGGCAGUGCAACCUCUCAACUAUCAUCGCCUCGACCCGGACCCUCGACCGUCAGCGCAGAUCGCCACCAGGCAUCACCCCAACAUGACCAGUCAGGAGAGCAUCGGCAGCUGCAGCCUGGACGUCGACCGCUCUGCGUCCGACCGAUCAGAAAACACCGUGGACUCCGUGUCCGAAAAGACUCUGCACAGUCUGAACCUAUCGUGCAACGGUGAACCGGUGUCGCCACCCGAGAAAUUGGCAAACGGCAGCAGUGAGACAUUGCAGAAGUCACAUCUUACCCCCGAUGAGAAGAAGCUGAACGCCAGCAAUGUUCAUCAUGGCAGCCCCGAGCCAGAGCUGACGACAGCGAAGAAGCCUAGUUACUUGGGAUUGGCGUGCAGUAUAAGCGGCUACUCGGGAAUCACCAGGUACGAUAGUAAAUUGAGGGAAGGAUUCCGCUCGAGAGACAGCAGUCCUGGCACGAGGCUGAUCACGAGGGACACGAGUCCUGCAGGUUUCAGAUCCAACGAGAAUCUCAACGUUCCGACGCCCCAAUAUCCGCCUAAGAGUCAAUCGAUAUCGCCGUUAGCGAUGGAGAGACAAAACGGAUUCACGAACGGCGUGAAGGAGGAGUGCAAGGUUGAGACGUACAUAGAGAGCAGAAAUUCGAUCAGCAUGACAUGCCAGGGUUACUCGGAAGUCGACAAAGCAGUGUCGUUGCACCCAACGUUUUCCGAACUCAGUCCCAUCAGGACGAGCACUGCCUCUAGCAAACGGAGUCCCGGAUUGUCGCCAAUGAUGUCAUGCGGACAACAGAACAAGUCUAUGGGGACAGGUUUCUCCUCUCCGAAGCAAGGCGUCACUAAUCUUUCAGGUGCAUCGUUUAGCGAUUCUAGUAUUUUAAACGGCUCGUCAGUAGAAGUUGAAAAUCAAGUGUUAAACACUUCGUCAAGCAGCGAGAAAUCCUUUAUUCAACAGCGAGUGGAGCGGCUGUACGGUCCAGGUGCUCUAGCGCAGGGUUUCUUCUUCAAACGCAGCAUCACUAAGCUAAACACCAGCGACAGUAGUUUCAAUAAAUCCAGUAAUAACAAUGACAUUUCGGCAGACAACGCGAACACGGAGGAAUCGUUAAAAAAUUUGCCUGUUCUGCGACAUUUGCGCCCAGAAUUUCGAGCACAGCUCCCUGUAGUCAGUAGUAGAAAACCCACAGACGGCACGGAACAAGUUAUAAAGCCAUUACAAAGGAUAACGCCGGUGACGCGGAAAACCGAACAGAUGAGUCCCCCAACUAUAAAUUCACAGACCAGCGUAAUAAGAAGGAUUCCGAUUACCAUAGAAGGUGACAUACCGCAACGUGAUACGACUAGUAAAAGCAUACCUGAUCAGCAACCAGCCGCGCCGAAAGUAGUGUUACCUGUAUUAGAAUCCAGCGCCAGUUUGACGAACAUAGCGAAACAAGCUCAAGAAGCGGAAAAAGUAGUCGAAGAGAAAGAUGGUCAUUAUUUUAUGAAGUUAUUGAAACAAGAGACAGAUAGACUGCUGUCGUUGGCUGCAUCUGCAGAGGCUGAAUUAGCCAGCGGCGAUACUGCACUGCCAGAAGAGGCGGCUGGUAAGCUGCGAUCUGCUGCAGGAAAAGCUAGAUUGUUAGCCUCGCAGAAGAUGCAGCAGUUUGAAGGAUUGUGUCAAAAGAAUAUCAAUCAGGUGCCAGGUGAAGAAUUUCCAACGACAAACGAAGACUUGGCUGGCUUCUGGGACAUGGUGAUGCUACAGGUUGUUCAAGUAAACGAACUCUUUGACCAGAUAGAGAAACUGAGGAAGUCGCAAUGGCAAGAGGUCGUGCCAGACAAGAAAGCCGCGUCGGCCUCGCAACAGAACGGUAAACAUCGAGUCAUACCAGCGAAACACAAAGCGAAACCGACCGCGAACAGCGAGGCGAAUAAAAAGGCGCGCGAGGCAAGGGAGCAAGCACGACGACAAAUGAUUGAAGAACGAAGACGAGCGAUGCGCUCCAACGCGCAGAAUGUCGACAAUUCCGUCGAGAUCUUUGCUCCCGAAACGUAACGAUAAAUUGAGUUCGAGUUUGAUCGAGCGAUACGAUCGCUCGUCAUUGCGGCUCCUAAGGAAUAUUAGAGUAUAUAGACCGUCAGUUCGAACGCGAAAAGAAAAAGAAAGAAAGGGCUUAGCUCGUACACGAGACGGUAAUGCAAUCAGCUUCGGCAAAAAGAAUCAAAUUCGCUUGUUAUAUAAUUAUCCAUUCAAAAUAUUAUCUUUCGCUACGUGCACGCGCGCGUAAAUUGCACGCGAGUUAUGCGCGGCGAGGAACAGGAAAGUAUUAAGCAGAUAGAUCAUGUAAUAUGUGUUGAAGUUGCUAAAAAUUUAAUACUACUGCAGAUAAGAAAGAGGAUAUAUACACGCGCGUUAAUGAAGGGCAGGUGUUUACGUUUUGCAUAAAUUUCUCAUCUUUUUUUCCAUCGAGCUUCGAUGUAUCAUCCUGAGCAUUCUAGCGCAAUAACGUGACACGACGAUGAUGUGUCGCUUCUUGUCCAUAGAGAUGUUUUAUAAACGAAAGGUGGAAACAUUUACUGUAGCAUUUUAUCGAAUUGUUUUUCUACGUUACGUGUCUCUUCAUGGACAUUAUUAACUUAUAUUUAUAUAAAUAGUAAUAAGUUGCGUGUGUGCGGCAGAUGUUAGAAACUAUAGCGACUGAAGAAGGUAUGUGGCCCUGCAAGAAUCCUCUAGUGGAAAUCAGUCACAUUUUAAAAAUCAAGAGAGAUGCAGCGCGUCUAGGUUAAGGAUAAAGAAAUGAAUUUGAGAAUUUGUAACAUAUAUAAUGAUUUGAUAUAUAUAAUACUUUCUGAUGAGAAAAUGCAUUAUUUACUAAUUUAUUCAGGAUAGAUUCCAUUUUGAUAAUUCACAAUUUCCUUAACUUAGACAGGCAAUUUAUUACGUAGCUUAUGUAUGUAAAUAGAAUUAAUGAAUAUUCACAUUUGCACAAGGCUGACUCUAUGCCAAGUGUUCGCCUAAUAGCUUUUUCUAUCAGACGUCGAUAAAGUAUCCCUCAUUGAGAGGUAUUGUCAACAGCAGUUAGGAGUAAAAAGAUUCCUAUUAUUCUUAUUAUCGUAUAUAUUGCGCGUCUUACGGCGAUAAAUAUUAUUUUAUUAUUAUUGUUCUAAUUAUCACCGUAUGUAAUUACAUUCUCACAUCUCCCGCGCGAAACAUGGAUGUAUAAUUUAAUUCCGUUCUCUUCAGAAAGAAAAUUCCGUUUUUCAAUAAUACGAUAUUUCCAGGUUUCGCGUGUACGAGAUUCAUCGCGCCAGGAACACUCGAUGGCUAACAUACUUUCUGAUUCUUUGUAAGAUGAUUAUAUUUGAUAAAUCAUGGAAUAUUGCACAUAACUCGAAAUGUUUGUCGAGAAAAAGAAAAAGAGAGGGAGAGAGAUGUAUAUCGGAUGCGAAUGCGUGGCAGAUGCUGAUAAUAUCCUCAUUAUCGUGACGGAUCUCUGCGACGAGAAUCCGACUGUGAUCGACGUACGUGUCACAUCCGCCGAAUUUGACAUUCCUGCGACAAGAGUAUCUCUCGUCAUUAUACGAUACCCUUUUCUUCGCGUAGUUGUACGAUAGCGUUACUCCUCGGCGUCCGAUCAAUGGUCAGCGGUUCUAACGGCAAGUCAUCAACCAAAUAACACUCGUACUCUAAGUAAAUAAUCACACGCGCGUCGUCACACGAACUGUAAUCGUGAUUUUGUUAUAAUGUUACAUUUCUUAUUAUAAUUGCCAAUUACACUCGUUUCUUAUUCGAAAUUUUCAUACAAA